CUAUAAAUUAUGUCGUCAAUGUUCGUAACAACUACACAUGAUGUCAAAUCGCAAAUCUAUGAAUUCAACCCCUAUAAGUCAGACUUGGAAAUGCCUACCUCUCCUAUGUCAAGAUUUGAGGUCCAUACUUCGUUAAAGUGUCUAAUUCCUUCUCUAUCAAGCUCUAAACUCGAGAAGCGACUUUUGAUUGCCUGUUAUAUCGCAUAAGAGCUUAAAUUAACUGAUUUAGCAUGUCUUAUUUUACUUAGAACUCGAUCUAACAAUUGAGUAAAAUCAGAAUCCACAACACCUGGAUCAAAGUGACAAUAACACGAAGAUUAACACAACAUCUAACCUACACAAUCAAACCGACACUUUCUAAUGCAGUUUCACAGUCACCCUGACAAGCAUAUAGUUAGUUGAGUGGCAUUUAAGGGAGGAGAAAGGCUCUUUGUACUUUGUAAUGGUAACCGGUAAGGAAGCAAUAAGUUAUCACGUGGUAGCCAUUAUUCUUCUGUCACCACCAACCCCUUAUAUAACCGCCACCGUUCGUUGGCUUUGGCUCCCGCCGGCCAACCGGAGCCGCCACCGGCGGUGACACAACAAGUCUCAAGCCAGAGUUUAGAAAGUACCUAUAUUACAGAGUUUAUCUAUAGGAGAAAGUUUCAGCAUCAACAUUCAAACAGUCAAUUCUCCCAUCUUAAAUUCUGCCUCAGUUAUUUUGCCAAAUCAGUUCUUCUAAUGCCAUUUUCUCACACAUCCAUAUCUCACUUCACCUUACACCGAUUAUAAUAAUGGGAAGGGAACAUGUUCUUUGAUAAGCCCUGCUUCCAGUGAUGCAAAACUUCUCACCGUCCCCGCAAUUACUCCUCCCCUCCCUCUGUCACCAACAACAAGAAAUCAAUCCAAUAAAGAAAAAAGGAAAAGAAAAAAAGACUAAGGCAGCAAGCAAGCAAGUAGCAGACAGUGUUCCUUCUUCAAACACGCAUCAAUGGCGGCAGCAACAGAAUCAAGUUGAUCAGAGAGAUGAUGGCCCCAUAUAUUAGGCCCGCAGAACAAGAAAGAAGCAGAGCAAGUCAGCUGAUUUCCUUCCUUCCUUCACAUGCUCUUUCCUUUUCCUGCGCUAUAUAUUAAAAAACCAAGUCUCAUUCAUUGAGUCAAAUCUCAAGAGAGGGAACACAGAACCCUGCAUGGGUUGAUUAGAUUAAGCUUUCUAAUCUAAGCUAAUCAUAUGGUGGAUUACUUUAUUGUUUUAUCUCACUUGGGUUUCCGCAGCUUCUUCUUCUUUCCAUGUGAUGCUUCUCUGCCAAGCGAAUACAGCUCAUUCUCGCCAUUCAUCAUUACCCAAUACAUAAUUUCCCAUCUUUCGUCAACUAACUCCCCCAUCUUUCCCCAUCACUGUUCCUUUUCUGGGUUCAAGAGGGGCUGAGAAAAUGGAUUCACUGAAGAUUGGAUUGUGGGUCUGAAGAAAGAAAAAAAACAGAGAUGGAGAUCCCCUGCAUUCCCCUGGUAAGUUUCUCUCUGUUUUUUCUGGUACUCUGUAAGUAGAUAGCUUACUACCCCUUUUAGGUGAACAACGACAGACAAGGUGUUUUGAUGGGAUCCAAGAAUUGCUCCCAACAUCCAAUUAAUGUUUACGGCUAGAAAGUUUCGAUCUUUCUCUCCAAUUUUCCUACCCUUUUCUUUUCUCAGCAACCAAACGGAAGUUAGGCGAUUCCUGUAUCCAAAAGUCAACAAAUUAGCUAGCUAUACACCGGCAUGAAAGCUCUGUCUUUCUUUCUUUGUGUUAGCUGUUCAUGUUUGACUUGAACGGCAAUGGGAUAACAGCAAACUAGUUUUAUUAGUCUUUUAUGGGUUCAACAAAGUAACGUCUGUUCAUCUAUUCAUUACAGUCAUAAACUCCAUUACUAAAUACGACCUUUCUCCCUGGUUUCUUACACAGAUGUGAGUCACCGACCAAGUUUUGCAGCAGCAGCAACAAGAGAAGGCCAUGGUGGAAAUGAAGAUUCUUUCAUUCAUUCUCUCUGCAUUUCUCAUCAUUGCUUCAGUUUCACUCCCAGUUACCAAAUCCGAGCCAUACGAGGACAAAGAAGCAUUGCUAGACUUCAUAAGAAACAUUCACUACUCCCACUCACCAAACUGGGACACAAACUUCCCAGCAUGCUUCCUCUGGACAGGGGUCACCUGCAACAGCGACAACUCUCGGGUCGUAGCUCUCCGAUUGCCCGGAAUGGGGCUCCGCGGCUCGAUCCCUUCCAACACGCUGAGCCGCCUCUCGUCGCUCCAAAUCCUCAGCCUGAGAUCCAACGCGAUCUCAGGCGAUUUCCCUUUGGAUUUCUCCAACCUCAGGAACUUGACUUCCCUGUACCUCCAGUCCAACAACUUCACCGGCUCUUUACCUCCUGACUUCUCGGUAUGGAACAACUUAACAGUUCUGGACCUCUCGGGAAACCGAUUCGACGGCAGCAUUCCUCCUUCCAUCUCGAAAUUGAACCACUUGACAUCUCUAAACCUCUCCAACAACUCCCUCACGGGCGAAAUCCCGGACAUCAACAUCCCCAGCUUGCAGCAGAUCAACCUCACAAACAAUCACCUCACCGGCAUUCUCCCCAAUUCGCUCAUGAGGUACCCGAGCUCUGCAUUCUCCGGCAAUGAGUUGUCUUCACAAAUUGCAAUCCCACCGGCCACCUCUGCUGAAACUCCAAUUCCUCAGCCGGUGAGGAAAUCGGGAAGGAAGUUGACUGAGCCAGCCAUACUUGGGAUUGUGCUCGGCAGCUGUGUCCUGGCGUUUGCAGCGAUCGCGCUGUUGAUGAUAUGCAGCUACUCUAGUACGAGAAAGGAGAAUAAGAACGAUGGAGGAUUGCCUACCACGACGAUUUCCACCGCUGCCAAGUCGAAGGACAAAGGCGAGCCUGCUCUGAAGCUGAAGAAGAAGGAUGGUGGUGGUGGUGAUAGUAAGAACAACAGGUUGGUGUUCUUCGAAGGGUGCAGCCUUGCAUUUGACUUGGAGGACUUGCUGAGGGCGUCGGCGGAGGUGCUAGGGAAGGGGAGCUACGGGACGACUUAUAAGGCUGCGUUGGAGGAUGCGACGACGACGGUGGUGGUGAAGAGGUUGAAGGAGGUGGGAGUCGGGAAGAAGGAGUUCGAAGGGCAGAUGGAGGUGGUUGGUGGGAUUAGCCAUGAGAAUGUGUGUGCUUUGAGGGCGUAUUACUACUCCAAGGAUGAGAAGCUGAUGGUGUAUGAUUUCUACGACAGGGGAAGUGUCUCUGUUCUGCUGCAUGGCAAAAGAGGGGAAGGCAGGACACCGUUAGACUGGGAAACCAGAAUGAGGAUUGCCAUAGGCGCAGCAAAGGGAAUCCUCUGCAUCCACAGCACACGCCAAUCCGCCGCCAAGCAGCUCGUCCACGGCAACAUAAAGGCCUCAAACAUCUUCUUAAACUCCGACAACUACGGCAGCAUCUCCGACGUCGGACUAGCCACGCUGAUGACUCCAAUCCCGGCACCAGCACCAGCGCCAAACAGAGCAUCCACAGGGUACCGUGCCCCAGAAGUAACAGACCCGCGUAAGGCGACCCCUGCAUCCGACGUCUACAGCUUCGGUGUCCUCCUCCUCGAGCUCCUCACCGGGAAAUCCCCAACCAGUUCCUCCUCUGGAGGCAGUAGCGGGGGCGAAGAAGUCGUUCACUUGGUUAGAUGGGUGAACUCCGUGGUGAGGGAGGAGUGGACCGCCGAGGUGUUCGACGUGGAGCUUCUGAGGUAUCCUAACAUAGAGGAAGAGAUGGUGGAGAUGCUGCAGAUUGGGAUGAACUGCGUGGUGAGAAUGCCGGACCAGCGGCCGAAGAUGGUCGACGUGGUGAAGAUGGUGGAAGGGAUCCGACGUGCAGGAGGUAGUGUUAGUGUUAGUCCCGGAGAAGGUCGGGGAUUCGGGUCGGAUUCCGGCGUGGAGAUCACCAUGUCGACUCCGACCCCGCCGGGGUCGGAUCGUGCCGGUAGCUCUUCAGCCAUACAUUAGAUGUUCAAUAAUUUGAGUUUUGAUAUUCAUUAUGGGUGCUGGAAUUGGUCACCAAAUUCCCAGUCAAGACUGAGGCAAGUUGGGAGCUUGUGUAGGGUGUAGUCUGGAGGCUUUUUUUCUUCUUCUUCUUGUGUUGUUAUGUGAUGGCAUGUGAGAUUUUUUCUGAGAUGUAAAAAAACUAAUGGAUUAGUUCUGAUUCAAACAAAAUUCACUUCCCUGCAUUUCUGCUAGUUUGUUCAGUGGGUGCACACUGGAACUAUGUAGGAUAUGCAGUGUUCCGAUCUCGUCAAUAUUGAGAUAUCGUGGUAUGUCAUAAUAACACGAUAGUUUGACGAUAGAUUGGAUUAGAGGAAACAAUGUAUGGAAACUACAGGGAAAAUAUGAAUGAAACAGAGAAAUCAGCAUACUUGGAAGAUCAGACUGUUUCAAUGAGUAAAGCCAAAUCCAAGAG